AUGCCUAUGGAAUUCCGUCGUUACUUAGAAUCUAAAGUUGUUGUCAUAAUAGACUGUUUUGAGGUUUUCAUUGACACACCUUCCAAUCUGGAGGCAAGGGCCCUUACUUGGUCAACAUACAAGCACCACAAUACUGUUAAAUUUCUUAUUGGAAUUACACCACAGGGAACAGUUUCCUUCAUUUCAAGAGCCUGGGGUGGUCGAGUCAGUGAUAAGUUCUUGACUGAACACUGUGGAUUUCUCAAUAAACUUCUGCCUGGUGAUGUUAUUUUAGCUGACAGAGAUUUCGACAUCGCUGAUAGUGUUGGACUUAUGAUGGCAACUAUAAAAAUGCCCGCAUUCACUAAAGGGAAAACUCAGAUGCCUGCAUUGGAACUGGAAAAAUCACGUAAAAUUGCCCAUCUUCGAAUUCAUGUAGAGCGUGUUAUUGGAUUGUUGAGGCAGAAAUACACUUUACUUGCUGAAACUCUUCCAAUAGAUUAUUUGAUUGUCAAGGAUGGUAAAGAUGUUACCACUGUCGACAAAAUUGCUGUUGUUUGCUGUGCUUUAAUUAAUUUGAAUGGGCCGAUUGUUCCAUCUGAUUAA